UCUGUCACCGCAAACAUGUCCAGUAUACGCGAUAAGUCCGCCAGAUCAUGUAACUCCAAUUAUCAGCAAGAUAUUCGAUAUGUUUUCAAGUUAAAUAACUGGAUUAUGGGAUCGCUCGGUAUUUGGCCAAACGCGAUACGAGGCAUUGGAAGACACAUGUCCAAGAUUGCAAUCGCAAUCUUUAAUUUUGCAUUGAGCUUUGCGAUAGUGCCUUGCGCUCUGCAUAUCAUUUAUGAUCAAAAGGAUCUCGACGUAAGGCUACGCCUAAGCGGUCUUCUAGCCUUCUGUCUCACCGUAAUGACAAAAUACUGCAUCUUCGUGAUACAUCGUCCUAAGAUACAUCGUUGCAUCGAAUACGUGAAGAACGAUUGGUGGCAGGUGACAUUCAAGUCCGAUCGCGAACUGAUGCUGAAGUACGCUACCACCGGUCGCAAUCUGACGAUAAUCGGCGUGUGUUUCAUGUACACUGCUGGCAUCAUUUAUCACUUGAUUCUACCGUUCUGUGUUGAGCACAAAAUCGACAAUCAAACCAUCAGACCGCUCGUGUAUCCGACCUAUAGUAAAUUUACUCAAUCACAAAUUAGUCCUAUAUACGAAAUUGUAUAUGUUGCUCAUUGUAUGUGCGGAUAUACAAUAUAUUCGUUAACAGCUGGUGCGUGCGGAUUGGCUGCUUUGUUUGUCACUCAUGCGUGUGGCCAAAUCCAAGUGAUUAUGUCGCGAUUGGAAAAUCUCUUAAACGACAAAAAUCCAAACAUUCAUCAACAAAUCGCUAUCAUCGUGAAGGAUCACGUCCGCAUAGUAAGGUUUUCAGCCGUGAUAGAGGAAGUUUUACAAGAAGUAUGUUUAGUAGAAUUUACUAGUUCUGUAUGCAUAAUAUGUCUACUUGAAUACUACUGUAUAGUGGACUGGAAAGACGAUAAUAAGAUUAGCUUAGCAACUUAUUUCUUGCUCUUCAUUUCAUUCUGUUUCAAUGUAUACAUAUUGUGCUAUAUUGGCGAGCUUCUCAUGGAAAAGAGCAUUGAAAUUGGAUCAAAGUGUUAUAUGAUCAAUUGGUAUCAAUUAUCACCAAGAUCUGUUCGCAGUCUCAUAUUGAUAAUCGCUAUGUCCAGCCAUCCUAUAAAACUUACAGCUGGUAGAAUGGCAAAUCUGUCAUUAAUGACUUUUGGAAAUCGCAAGCGCACGUCUCGCAACCUUGCGAUCAAUGCCGCGCGUCCGUUUGGUCUACUUUUCUUGCAGUCUUUGGCAGAAUCUGUCACCGUAAACAUGUCCAGUAUACGCGAUAAGUCCGCCAGAUCAUGUAACUCCAAUUAUCAGCAAGACAUUCGAUAUGUUUUCAAGUUAAAUAACUGGAUUAUGGGGUCGCUCGGUAUUUGGCCAAUCGCGAUACGAGGCAUUGGAAAACACAUGUCCAGGAUAUCAAUCGCGAUUUUUAAUUUCGCGUUGAGCUUCGCGAUAGUGCCUUGCACUCUGCAUAUCAUUUAUGACCAGAAGAAUAUCAACGUAAGGCUGCGCCUAAGUGGUCUUGUAGCAUUCUGUCUCACAGCAAUGACAAAAUACUGCAUCUUCGUGAUACAUCGUUCUAAGAUACAUCGUUGCAUCGAAUAUAUGAAGAAUGAUUGGUGGCAGGUGACAUUCAAGUCCGAUCGCGAACUGAUGCUGAAGUACGCUACUACCGGUCGCAAUCUGACGAUAAUCGGCAUGUGUUUCAUGUACACUGCUGGCAUCAUUUAUCAUUUGAUUCUACCGUUCUGUGUUGAGCACAAAGUCGACAAUCAAACCAUCAGACCGCUCGUGUAUCCGACCUAUAGUAAAUUUACUCAAUCACAAAUUAGUCCAAUAUACGAAAUCGUGUAUGUGGCUCAUUGUAUGUGCGGAUAUACUAUAUACUCAGUGACAGUUGGUGCCUGCGGAUUGACCGCGUUGUUCGUUACUCAUGCGUGUGGCCAAAUCCAAAUACUUAUAUCACGACUAGAAGAUCUAUUAGUUGGUGAAAGAUUCAAACAAAGCCCGAACGUUCAUUAUCAAAUUGCUGCCAUCAUUGACCAUGUCAUGCACUCGAUAUUAUAUUAUACACUCUCCUAUCACGCGAUCUGUCAGACUGUGUCGACAAAGUGGAAGGAUGUCUGUAACAGGAGCGCAAGCGCAUGUCCGGCGACCUUGCAAUCAAUGCCGCGCGUUCACCUCGUGCAGUCUUCAGCGGAACCUGUCAUUGCGAACAUGGAAAGCUCACAGGACGAGUAUGUAACAUCACCGAACGCUAAUUAUCAACGAGACGUACGGUACAUCUUUAAGCCCGGUAACUGGAUCCUCAGCUCAAUCGGCAUCUGGCCUGUUGCGAUUCGCGGAAUCGGGCGAUAUGCGCCCAAAAUAGCGAUCGUGGUGUGUAAUUCUGCGUUAGCCUUCGCGAUAGUGCCCUGCAUUCUGCAUAUGAUCUACGAUCAGAAGGAUCUCAAUAUAAGACUGAAACUUUUCGGGCUACUAGGCUUCUGUACUACUGCAAUGAUGAAGUAUUGUGUUCUCACGAUACGUCGACCCAAGAUAUUGCGCUGCAUCGAGCAUGUGAAGAGUGACUGGUGGCAGGCAAAAUUCAGCUCCGACCGCAAAUUGAUGCUGAAGUAUGCCACCACUGGUCGAAGACUAUCCAUGAUCAGCGCGACUUCCAUGUACGUUGCGGGCUUCAUUUAUCACACAAUUCUGCCGUUUUGCACCGAACACAAGGUCGACAACCAAACCAUUAGACCACUCGUAUAUCCAACUUACAGUAAGUUUUUUAAGACGCAGGCGAGUCCGAUAUAUGAAAUGGUGUAUCUAGCCCAUUGUGUGUGCGGAUAUACCAUGUACUCAGUGACGGCUGGAUCGUGCGGAUUGGCAGCGAUAUUUGCCACUCAUGCGUGUGGUCAGAUCGAGGUGAUCAUAUCUCGACUCGAGGAUCUUUCAGGUGGCAAAAACUUCGAGCAAUUGUCGGACGUUAAUCAACGAAUCGCUGUCAUUAUAAAAAGUCAUGUUCGAAUAUUAAGAUUUUCCGCCGCCGUGGAAGGAAUUCUACAGGAAGUAUGUUUACUAGAAUUCGCCAGUUCUAUAUUUACAAUGUGUUUACCCGAAUAUUAUUGUAUAGUGAGCAGUCAAAUUGGAACGAGGUGCUUCAUGAUACGUUGGUACCAACUGCCGGCAAAGUCGGUUCGCAGUCUAGUCUUAGUAAUCGCUAUGUCCAGUCAUCCUAUAAAGAUCAGUGCUGGCAGAAUGAUAGAUUUAUCACUAGCGACAUUUGGAAAUGUACUCAAAACAAGUCUAGCGUAUCUAAGUUUUCUUCGAACGUUAGUAGUAUGA